GAGUAAAAAUGGCUGCCCCCUUGUCUGAAGAAAUUCAGCGGCUGUCAUUUUACAAUCUUCGUCCACUUAUUUUACAUGGAUACGUUUUUCCAUUUUUAUUUGUUUAUGCCACAUGGGCAUAUGUUUGGACAUCUAUUUAUGGCCUUGAAGAUUAUUUUGAAGGAGGCCUUAUAGCUUUGGCUGGAAUCGGUCUGUUGCAGAUUUUGACGUCGUUAUUUUGUUUGUGGUCAGUACACGUCAGGUGUGCUUUGACGUGCUCAAAGGUAAGUGACCCUUUUCAAGCUCAGUGGAUCAAGGUUGUACCAACACCAAAUAAUGGCUCUACUGAAUUGGUUAAGCUUCAUCACAAAAAAACAGAUGGGGAUGAUCCACUUUGGUUUAUUUUUCAAAAAACCAAAUACUCAUAUGAUGCAGAGGAGCACAAACAGUUUGUUCCUCUCACAUUUCCCAUUGACAACUCUGUGGGAUUCUAUAUGGAAUGUAAGGGUUAUCAAGAGGAUGAAGAAGUUGCAAUUGCAGAGAAAAAGUUUGGAAAAAAUUCAAUGGUAAUGGAUAUACCAAAGUUUUUGGAGCUUUUUAGAGAAAGAGCUACUGCACCAUUUUUUGUUUUCCAAGUUUUUUGUGUUGGACUUUGGUGUCUGGAUGAGUACUGGUACUACUCUGUUUUCACUUUAUUCAUGUUAAUAGCCUUUGAAGCUACACUUGUCCAACAGCAAUUACGAAAUAUGGCUGAAAUAAGAAAAAUGGGAAACAAACCUUAUCUUAUACAGGUGUACAGAAAUAGGAAGUGGGUUAAAAUAAUGACAGAUGAACUUUUACCUGGGGAUAUUGUUUCCAUUGUCCGCUCUCAGGAAGAAAAAAUUGUUCCCUGUGAUAUGCUUCUACUUAGAGGACCAUGUAUAGUGGAUGAGUCAAUGUUAACAGGAGAAUCUGUCCCUGUCAUGAAGGAGCCCGUAGAACAUUUAGAACCAAAUCAUUUCUUAAACCUGGAACAAGAUGGGAAACUUCAUGUUUUAUUUGGUGGAACCAAGGUUGUACAGCACACACCACCCAGUAAAUCAGGACCAGGCUUAAAAGCCAGUGACAAUGGAUGCAUUGCCUAUGUUUUGCGGCAUAGUUUUAAUACAUCACAAGGGAAGCUACUGAGGACUAUUUUGUUCGGAGUAAAAAGAGUUACUGCUAACAAUCUAGAAACUUUCUUUUUCAUCAUGUUUUUAUUGGUGUUUGCCAUUAUUGCUGCCUCUUAUGUGUGGAUUAAAGGUACUGAAGAUCCAUCCAGAAAUCGUUAUAAACUAUUCUUAGAGUGUACUCUGAUUUUAACAUCGGUUGUUCCCCCUGAACUUCCAAUAGAGUUGUCUCUUGCAGUAAAUACAUCAUUGCUAGCAUUGACAAAACUGUAUGUGUAUUGCACAGAGCCAUUUAGAAUUCCUUUUGCUGGUAAAAUUGACAUCUGUUGUUUUGACAAGACUGGAACUUUGACAAGUGAUAAUUUAGUGGUAGAGGGCAUCACUGGUCUUAAUGGCUCUGAACUGAUAGCGGCCCAUGAUGCACCUCUAGAAACAACCCAAGUUUUAGCUACUUGUCAUUCUUUAGUGCAGCUUGAUGAAGAGUUGGUUGGGGAUCCUUUAGAGAAGGCAACACUAAAAGCGGUGGAGUGGACACUUACCAAAGGAGAAACAGUUGUCCCACAGAAGAGAAAAACUCAUGGGCUCAAAAUAUAUCACCGCUUCCACUUCCAAAGUUCACUGAAGCGAAUGUCUGUAAUUAUUGGUCAUACACCCCCUGGAAGUACAGAAAUUCAGUACAGUGCUGCUGUUAAGGGAGCGCCAGAGACAUUGAAGUCAAUGUUCAGUAAACUACCAAGCAAUUAUGAUGAUGUGUACCUCAAGAUGGCACGCAGAGGAGCUAGAGUUCUAGCCCUUGGUUACAGGAAACUUGGGUCCAUGACACAUCAGGAGGUAAGGGACAUAACUCGUGAUGCUGUGGAAAAAGAUUUGGAGUUUGCUGGCUUUGUCAUCAUCUCUUGCCCCCUCAAGUCUGACUCUAAAGCUGCCAUUAGAGAAAUCAUCAAUGCCUCACAUCAUGUGGCCAUGAUUACUGGUGACAACCCAUUGACAGCUUGCCAUGUGGCCAAAGAGUUGAAAAUGACAAGAAAAGAUGCAACAGUUAUUCUGCAACCCCCUAAUGAUUUGGCUGAUGAGUGGCACUGGCAAUCUAUUGAUGACAAAAUUAUUGUCCAAGCAAAACCAGCUAAUGCCAAGAAAGAUCUGCUCAACCUGUACGACCUGUGUCUCACUGGUGAGGCUUUAACAUACCUUCAAACAACAGACAAGAAAUUUUUUCAUUUAUUGCUGGCAAACACCAAAGUCUUUGCACGUGUUGCCCCAAAACAGAAGGAACUGAUCAUCACCUCAUUAAAAUCCCAAGGCUAUGUCACUCUGAUGUGUGGAGAUGGUACCAAUGAUGUGGGUGCUCUCAAGCAUGCUGAUGUUGGUGUGGCACUCCUUGCUAAUGCCCCUGAAAGAGUUCCAGAAAAAAAGAAGAAAGAAGAAACUCCAAAUGAGACAGAUCCUGGAACUUCUGUUGAUAAGGCACCUCGUGGGCCCCCUGGUCGGCCGAUGGGAAGAAUUGCAAAGAUGAGAGCUGUUAACAGGGGAGAAAAUCUUCACCCUCAGCAGAAAAAGUUGCAAGCUCUUCUAAAGGAAAUGGAGGAGGAAGAGAAAGCUCAAGUGAUCAAGCUGGGUGAUGCAAGUAUAGCUUCACCUUUUACAUCCAAGUUAUCCACAGUCAUGAGUGUGUGCAAUAUAAUCAAGCAAGGGCGCUGUACUCUGGUAACAACAUUGCAGAUGUUUAAGAUCCUAGCCCUGAAUGCCCUUGUACUCGCUUACAGUCAGAGUGUUCUGUACCUGGAUGGCAUCAAGUUCAGUGACGGUCAAGCAACCAUGCAAGGAUUAUUGUUGGCGGGCUGCUUUUUGUUUAUAUCUCGCUCUAAGCCCUUGAAGACUCUGUCGAAAGAGAGACCUUUGCCUAACAUCUUCAAUGUCUACACCGUCCUGACAGUGUUCUUGCAGUUUUGUGUUCACUUUACCUGUCUGGUGUACCUGGUGCAAGAGGCCAAAGCUAGAAUGCCUAAAAGAGAAGAGGGAGAAUUUGUAAAUUUGGAGAAACAUUUUGAACCAAGUUUGUUGAACACAACAGUCUACAUCAUCUCCAUGUCCUUGCAGGUUUCAACUUUUGCUGUUAAUUAUAAGGGAGAGCCGUUCAUGGAGAGGCUGCGUGACAACAAGCCUCUGAUCUACAGUCUCAUGUUUUCCACCCUUGCUGUUCUCCUGCUGGCUAGUGGUGUCAUACCAGAGCUACAGCAACAGUUUGAGCUGGUGGAGCUGCCUUCAGAUUUCCGUAUGACAGUGCUGGGCAUUGUGGUGGGAGAUAUUCUCUCCGUGUUUUUAAUAGAUCGCACCAUCCAGUUUUUGCUGGGUGGCGGGAGACUCAAGUCUACAUGUUGAAUAUGGUUAAAAUGAUUGCGUCGCAUUGCUAGCUGAACCACGUGUAUGUUAUAGGCAGACUGUUGUUUAGUGUAGGACAACUGAUGAGGCUGGUGUUAGCGUUAUUUGGUUUCUUGUGGUAAUAUCGUUUCAGGCUUAUUAUUUUGCUGGGUGAGCUCAUGUCAUUGUCAGUUUUAUUUCUAUGAAAGAAAAUUCUGAACUGAAUGAAUUUCAACUUUGUACUAAUCAAAAUGAUGACUGCAUUUACAUUUCCAUUUAAAAUGUUUUUAAAAAAAUAUGGUCUCAUUACAUUUGAAUGUGUGAUACGCUGCUUUAAGUUAAGAUGUAUGGAUUUUUAAAUGACCGUUGUAGAUAAAAGGGUAAUAGUAAAUUUACUUGUGCAAGAGGUACCUAGAUUAAGAUGGUUAUUAAAUAGAACUAAGUACACGAAAAGUAUUUUGAUUGACAUUUUUUGGAACUACAAUUUAGACAAAUUUCAUUGACCUCAUAUAUUAGUUAUAGUUACAUUUUAAAAUAUUGUUUAUAGGCAGAAGGUAGUGUUGGUUUAGUCUCUUUUCGUUAUAAUGACUAAAUUUAUUUUAAGAUGAAUCAAAUGAAUGGAAUGACCACCUUUUUAUCAGGGCUUAAAAUGUUAAAAGUUAAGUUUUGUGCAGUAUGAACCUCUAGCCAAAACAUUUUCUUAAUAGCUAAUAAUCUAUUAUCAUAACUCAUUAACAAAGAACAUAAUCAUCCAAUAUUUGAUAUUUUAACCAUAGAAUUUUUUUUACAUCUACUAAUUGUGAAAAAAACAACAUUGAACUAACAUUAAACAACUACAUAAUUUAAUGACCAGUAGUGUCAGAUGAUCAUUCAAAAGUAUAACUAGUUAACUGGCCAAGUCUCUAAAAAAUUAUUCCAUUAUGUUUUUUCUUUAUUUGCUGAUGUGAUUGUUGCUUGAAGAAUAUUUUUUUCUGUUUUGUAUCAAUAUAUUUUAUUUGAUGAGUAUUAUACCAUACAAUUCUUACCAAAGUAUUUGUGGACUUGGGUCCCAAGUUUCUGAAGAUUUCAAAACUAAAUUUCAUUAUUAAAAAAUAUUAGUAAAAUUAGUUAAAACUUAAUGUACUUGAAAAGAUGGUUUUUGCUUGAUUAUAUUGUAGGAAUGAAGAUAUUAUUAUCUUCGAUUUAUCUGUUUUCAUAAUCUUAUGUUUGGUGAAGGAUUCUAUUCUUAGAAAGAUACUUUUGAAAUGAGUUGAUUGAUAAGGCAAGUUAUAUAAGGGUGAAUGUGAUUGGUUGGAACAGCGAGUUUUUAUAAACAUGAAUGUGAUUGGUUGUAGUUGCAGCAAACUUUUAAUAAUAUUUUUUUUUUCUGGUAUUUGGUUUCCAAAACUAUAUAAAUAUUUUCAAUGUUCCAUCCAUGAAUAUGUAUGUAUGAACUACCUUCUCAAGUGAUCAUUUAACACAAGCAGAAAUGAAAAUUGGAUAUAUAUUUGAAAUUAUCUGUUGUUGAUGUCUGGAGACCAUCUCAUAUACUUGUUCAUGCAGCUUUAAAAAAAUGUGUUGGUAAAAAAUCUGUUUUUUAUUGCUGAGGCUACAUCUUUGUAGUAUAUUUGACAAUUAUAUGUUAUUUAUUUUUUUCUGAAAUAAAAAUAUUACAAAGCUGAAUUACAGAAU